CAACAAAAGCAAGGCAUGCUUGUUUAUGUAUAUCGAACAAACAGAAAAUUUGAAUUUGUUUUUUCUAUUGAUUCGAAACACUCGCCAUGUCUUAUGGUAAAUGGUUAAAUUACUUAAAUAGCGCGGAAAAGAGUUCUGUAAUAAAUGGACGGAGCCGAAAAAUACAUUAUAAAUUUCCGGACGGUCAACAAAUGGCUGAAGAAUACAGUAUGGAUACAGGAGUUUUGCAGAAACGGGGUUGGCGUAAAUCUCAACAGCUAUUGGGUGAAUCAGAAUGGGAAGUAGAGGUUGGUGAGGAUUAUCGUCAAUUAGGCUGUGCGGGCGAUACCGAACAGAUGUCGAAUGGAGAUAAUAAUUUUACUGUGAAAAUAAGCAAUACGGAACCUAUUUUGAGUAAAAGAAUAACUAAAAAAAACAUUGAAUGGCGCAUACGUAAUCUACCCUACCCGAUCACGGUAUACCAAGUAAUAGCUGAUUGCACGAAACGAGCUAUUGUAGUGAAGACCACUAAUAAGAAGUAUUAUAAGGUUAUAAAAGUGGAAGAAUUAGACCGUUGUGAGCUAUUGCCAUCCCAAGCCAAUUUAUCAACUCAUCAUCAGUACAAUACUCUAAUAAUAACCUAUCGUAAGCCGGAUUUAGUAUGUGAAAUGGAAGCUCAGGUGCUCUUAUUGUUAAAAGAUAUAGAAACUGAAACUGAUAUGGGAGAAUUAUUACAAGGACUAUUAAAACAAUAAACAAUAGUAAAAUGUUGAAUUCUGUGCAGAUUUACUAGAAAAACAUAAAAAAAAUUGUACAAACCUUAAACUUAAUUACUAGA